GUCACCACGCGUGACGUCACGAAACAUGGCGCUCGUGCGGAAACUGUGUUUAUGCGCUUUUGAUUUGUCUGUCAACGCAGGAAUAUUACAAUGCCGGGGAAAGACAUAUCCGCGCAUGUAAUCGUCCGAGAGAGCUAGUAUACAAACAAGAGAGUUCGAACGAUGAGAAAUAACCGCAAAUAAGACGCCGGUGGCAGUAUCAUCAGACUGUCGUGUUAGCUACAGCUCACAGCACGACACAUGAAUAAUAUCACACAAAAUGACUCUUUGACACCACUGAUAUACACAGUUAGAUGUAUAUAGAUCUAGAUGAACUUAUAAAGGCGUCUUAUAUGUAAUUUAUUUAGAUGUAAUAGGCGUUUAUAGGCAGUACUGAUGAUGGAGGCUCUUCGUGGAGGUGUGUAUGUGUGUUUACUGGGAUUCGUCACACUCGCACAAGCUGCUCCAGUCUCCUACACACACUCAGUCUCAAACAUCUGCUGAUCAGGAACCACAUCGAUCUCAAACCCUCGCCGCUCAAGAACAACCAUAAAAACAACAACAAACAAUUGCGGUAAGUCAUGGCAUCCGCACAUGUUAUUUCUGAUAAACAUUAUUCCACAUGUUUACUAUAGCUUCUUCCAUCAGCAGUGAGGGAUUUACAUGUGAUAAAUGUUAGGAAUGAGUCAGGCUGACGGAGAAGAUUAAUUGGGAGGCAUGCAUAAAAACGCUAGUGGAGGUCAGUGAGAAAGAGAAGCCUGUAGAUACUGUUUCAGAUGCGGGUAGUACAGUGAAAGACACACACACUUUGUUCCUGCUGUAGAGCCCCUGCAACAGGGCAUUUGUGUGACAUCUCUGCAGCACACUCGCUCAGCAAAGCGACACCACUCUCUUGUUCCUGUUAGGGUUUCCAAUUGAUUCUCCCCACUCAGUGAUGCACCCAUUGAGAACCAUGUUGAAAAAGCCUUAGUAAUAGGUGAUUCUAUUGUAAGGAACGUGGAAAUAGAGACUCCAGCCACUAUUGCAUAUAAUGCAUUUCGCGGGCUUAGGCAUCUGACGUCAGAUCAAAUUUACAAGUGCUGGCUAAUACUAAAUGUAGAUUUUCUAAAGUUGUUAUUCAUGUCAACACUAUUGAUGUCCGGCUUCGCCGGUCAGAGAUCACUAAAGAUAAUGUUAAAGAGGUGUGUGAACUUGCAGCAAUGAUGUUAGACACUGUAAUAUGCUCUGGCCACCUCCCUGCUCAUCAUUCAGGUAGAACUAUUCUUUCAACCACUAAAGAUAGCUUCACUAUUAAUCUUCCAGAAUUGCCUCAUACUCAGUAAGCCAAAAAGUCUAGAAGAACUUGAUGAAAUAACAGAAAAUAUAAAUACAGUGUUCUCUAGCACUCUUGAUUAUGUCGCCCCCCUUUAAUGAAAGAAAAUUAAAGAAAAAAGCCUUGCAUCAUGGUACAAUGAUCACACUCAUGCUCUCAAGAGAGCAGCUCGGAAAAUGGAACGCAAGUGGAAGAAUACAAAAUUAGAGGUAUUUCGCGGUGCAUAGAAGGACAGUGUCUGUAGCUACAGUUCAGCAUAUUUUAGCAAACUCAUAGGAAAUAACCACAACAGUCCUAGGUGUUUAUUCAGUACUGUGGCUACAUUGGUUAUAAAGAAGGAAUGAAGCCUCGACUGAACUAGAUAUUCCAUCGCAGCACAAUAGUAAUGACUUAAUGAAUUACUUUAUUGAUAAAAUAGAAAUCAUCAGAAAUAAAAUUGGAAUUAGGCAAUCAACUGUCACAGCACCUCAGAAAACAGUGUCUCAUAAUUUUCCUCAUGAGAAACUUCAGUCCUUCACUGUCAUAGGUCAUGAAGAACUAACAAGCUCUUAAAAGAGAUAUUCUCUGUAAUCUCAGAACCUCUUCUUAAUAUUAUUAACUCCUCGCUAUCCUUAGGAUAUGUCCCAAGAAACUUUAAAAUGGCAGUUAUCAAACCGCUUAUUAAGAAGCCACAGCUUGAUCCUGGCGAAUUGGCUAAUUAUAGACUGAUUUCAAAUCUCCCUUUUAUGUCGAAAAUACUAGAAAAGGUAGUGUUCUUUAGGGCUGGUCGUUAUGGCUUCAGAAUUUAUAUCUCGAUAUUUUUCAGCAAAUUGACGAUAUUUGAUAUAUAUCUUGAUAAUUAUGUUUUUGCUCUGAAAUAACGUGUUCUUUUAAUCAGAGGAACCGUCAUUUCAUCUAAACAGCCAUUGUAGCCAUGUAGAAUUAAUAUUUUAAAGGCAUUAAAUAAAAAUCUUUUUAAAAUAAUGAAGGCAUGUUUCCCAUGUUUUCAAUAAAUUAACAAAAGUGAGAGUAACAUGUAAUAAUUUUUAUUGAUUUGCACGUUUAUACUAACAUAACAUACAAUCAUAUAUGGAAGCUUAAUAAAAAUCUUAAUUACCUUCAUAUAUUUUUACUAAAAUGUUGUUUUUUUUUUUGCUGUGUGAAUGAACAAAUUGUGCAAAAAAUACUUCACUUAUUUUUUGGAAACCAGAUGAAUAACGCAUAGCACUAAAUUAUUACUGUGGAACCCAGUCAAGUUUAUUAUUAUAAUAUGGAAUUAUUAUUAUUUUCAGGAUAAAUUUUUUUAAGAUAAAUUAAUAUAUUUGUUUUAUUUACUUCACCCUAAACUGGGGUUUUUAUUUUGACACUGUAUGCAGUUAUGUUUAUUUCACCUUCACCAGGAGAUGUAAGCGCAGCGUAGUUCUAGCGGGAAGACUAGCAGCUGUACAUCAUCGCACCAUUAGCUAGGUAACUCCUAGCCAAUCACAUGUAAGCCAUUGCUUUAUAAGUCUGCUCAUAAUCUAUCACAUUGCUGUUUCAAUGUGCUAACACGGCAACCUCCACCACCCCACCAGCACCAGUUGAGUCCCGUCCUGACCGGGGGUAGGCUCCUCGCCCUUGCCUCCUAUCUCCGGCAGGAUAUGACGGUUCCGAGUACAACUUCUUUGGACCGCCAGACGGGGUUUACGCCAAAGAGAGACAUUACAUUUCUUUUUUAUAUUCAUCAAAUAAAUGUCAUCUUAAAUUUCACUCAAGUCUGCAAGUCUUCCUGAUAGAACUUUUUUAUGAAAUGGAAAGUGCAAUGUUUGAUUGGCAGUUAUGAGUUUUGCAUCUUGUGAACCACUGUCAAACUCUACUGUUCCACGUUUGUAGAUUUGUAUAAAAGCUUAAUAGCGGUUACUAAUGUUAGGAAAUCUGCGAAUGCUUGAACCUGCAGUACUUCAUAAUGCAUGUGAACUGCGCUAAAAACACGAGCCCAUGAGCCCCGCUUCACCUGCGCGUGCACACAGAUCAGCGCAUUGCUGGUUCAUUCUGAAGCACACACAGACCUUUUUUAUCUGUCUUUAAUUGCAGCCUUUGGCAGUUAAAUAAUCACAUGAUCAAAUCUCCAUUUUGAAAUUAUUUUGAUUAAUUAUACAGCCCUGAAGGAUUGUGAAAUUAGUCUGCUGAUGCACUUUAUGAAACUUAAUGGCCAAAUAAAAGGCUCAUUAAAAUCAUCGAGAUAUUAACAAUAUUGUGAAAUUUUACAUCGUCAGCAAGAUCAUCGAGAUUAUAUCAUGGGUAUUCGAUGUAUCACCCAGCCCUAGUGUCCUCCCAACUAUGUUAAUUUCUACAGAGAAAUGGUAUACAUGAACAAUUUCAGUCAGGAUUUAGGCCCCAUCACAGUACAGAGACUGCACUUAGAGUUACAAAUUACUUGCUCUUAUCAUCUAAUUGCGGCUGCAUUUCUCUUCUAGUGCUUUUAGAUCUUAGUGCUGCCUUCAACAUGAUAGAUCACGACAUUCUCUUGAAUAGGCUAGAGAAUUAUGUUGCCAUUUGUGGACUUGCAUUAGCAUGGUUUAGGUCCUAUUUAGCAGACCGCCACCACUUUGUCUAUGUAAAUGAGGAAUUGUCAAACCAAACAAAAGUAUGGAGUGCCACAGGGAUCAGUUUUAGGGCUUCUGCUUUUCUUCUUAUAUAUGCUUCCCCUAGGAGAUAUUAUCAGGAAUCGUGGAAUAACUUUCCACUGUUAGGCCGACGAUACCCAAAUUUAUAUUUCUUCUAAACCCGACGAAAUUUCACAAUUAUAGAAAUUAGCUGAGUGUAUCAAUGAAAUCAAUGAUUGGAUGGCCAUAAAUUUCCUUCUACUCAAUUCUGACAAAACAGAGGUACUAAUUAUUGGACCAAAAACCUCUAAAAAUAAGCUGCUAAAAUAUAAUUUGACUCUUGAUGGAUGUACUCUUACGUCGUCUUCUACGGCGAAGAACUUAUAUGUUAUAUUUGAUACCAAUCUGUCCUUUGCAAAUCAAAUUUCCAAUAUUUGUAGAACAGCAUUCUUCCACCUCAGAAAUAUUGCUAAGUUAAGACACUUGCUCUCUGUUGCAAUGUACUGCAAGUUCAAUAAAUAAACUUCAAUUGGUUCAAAAUGCAGCUGCCAGAGUGCUGACUAUAUGAAAUAUGAUCAUAUUAACCCAAUUUUAUCGUCGUUACAUUGGCUAACUGUUAAAUUUCCUAUUUUAAAAUUCUGUUAACUGCAGAAUUACGAUCACAAAAUUCUGGCCUGUUAAUAGUUCCUAGAAUAUCAAAAUCCACAAAAGGAGGUAGAUCUGUUUCAUAUUUGGCUCCUAAACUAUGGAAUAGUCUCCCUAACACUGUUUGAGAUGCAGACACACACUCAGUUUAAGUCUAGACUAAAGACUCAUCUAAUUAGCCAGGCAUACACCUAAUUUAUCCAUCAACUCACAAUUAGGCUGCUUUAGUGAGGUCUGCCGGAACCAAAAACAUUUCUCAGAAACAUUUCUCAUAAUCUAUAACUCUGCAAUAAAUUGAAUGGCAUCUACACUAAUAUUAUUCUAUUUGUUUCCCUUUCUCAACCUCGGGAAUCAUAUCCUGAGGUUACCAGAGCCAGCCAGAUCCAGUUACGUUCCUGCUUGGUGUCAGACUCCACUGCUACGAGUCGCUGAGUGAUGACGACAAACUACAGCCGGUGCUAGCCAGACAUCAUUUCAGACUUUUACGAUGGACUUCAGAGGAUGAACUGAUCCCAACUCCAACUGAGAGUCUGCUGGAGACGUGGAUGUCUCUCUGACCAUCUCGCUGCUUUUGUCUCUGGCGGUGUUAGUGGCUCUUGCUGUGUUGCUGCUUAACUGUGCGUCCUGCUGCAAAGAGCAAGUGAUCAACUUUAAGGAAUUUGAAGACCACUUUGAGGAUGAGGUUGAUUUCACCCCCCCAGCAGAGGACACCCCCUCUAUGCAGUCCCCUGCGGAGGUUUAUACACUUGCUGUUCCACCCGUGCACCUCCCUGGACCCCCUCACCUCCAACUGCCCAGCAUAACAGGUCUUUUAGAUGUUUCGUCGGGUCCGCAUGUGGCACGGCACUCUCUCAGUUACAUUCAAGAGAUCGGGAACGGCUGGUUUGGGAAGGUUCUGCUCAGUGAGAUCUACGCGGACCCUGGAGUUGCCCGUGCAGUUGUGAAAGAGCUGAAGGCCAACGCCAGUGCCAAAGAGCAGAAUGAGUUCCUGCAGCAGGGAGACCCGUACAGGGUUCUGCAGCAUCCUAAUAUACUGCAGUGUCUCGGUCAGUGUGUGGAAGCCAUACCUUUCCUGUUGGUUUUUGAGUACUGUGAACUGGGGGACCUGAAGAGUUAUGUAUCGCAACAUGAGUGGUUGUACAGGAAUGGAGAACUACUACAGCUGCAGAAAAUGGCCUGCGAGAUCGCCGCUGGGGUCACCCACAUGCACAAACACAACUUCUUGCACAGUGAUUUGGCUUUAAGGAACUGCUAUCUUACAACAGACCUGACUGUCAAAGUUGGAGACUAUGGCAUUGGCCCUGCAAAUUAUAAGGAGGAUUACAUCACCACGGAGGAUGACCAGUGUGUGGCUCUGCGCUGGCUUGCCCCUGAGCUGAUUGGUGAACUGCAUGGAGGAGUGGUUACAUCAGAACAGACUAAACCCAGCAAUGUUUGGGCAUUAGGUGUGACAUUGUGGGAGCUGUUUGAGGGUGCAAAUAAGCCAUAUCCUCACCUGUCAGAUAGAGAAGUGCUCAACCAUGUGCUCAAAGAUCAACAAGUCAGACUUCUCAAGCCUCAGCUGGACUUACCCUACUCAGAAAGAUGGUAUGAAGUUCUGCAGUUUUGCUGGCUGCCUGCAGAUAAGAGGGCCACUGCUGAAGAAAUCCACCGCUUGCUCACUUAUCUCCGUAUGCAGGGCCAGAAAGAUGUGGAGGAUGACUUCGAGCAGCGCUGGAGCUCUCUCAAACCAAAUCCCACCACUCGCCAAGCCACCGUCAUUCACUCCUCUUUCCCCAUCCUGGAGCAGUUUGAUGACGGACGAGAACCAGAUGAGGUGCUCACGGUGACCGAAACGAGUCACGGGCUAAGUUUCGAAUAUGUGUGGGAGGCAGCCAAGCAUGACCUCUAUGACAGCCACAAUCGCUCUGCCAUGGACACUACCCUGAAUUACCACAGUAUGUUCUUUCCAGUGCCACGGCAAGACAUUCAGGCUCACUUCCCUGACACUGAGAGUCAGACAGAAGCUGGCAGAGUUCCGGGAACCUUGCCGGUUUUUGAUGCACAUAAAGCGUCUUCUGGAAAUGAGUACUUUAUUAAGUUGGAGGAGUUGGAUGAAAGUGACAUUGGGAUGGAGGAAAGUCAAGGUGCUGAGGGCACCAGCGCAUCAGAGCAGCAGCAGUACAUAGUCUUACAGGAUGUCAGAUUGGAUGAGUCCAGUACAGAUGCCGAUUUCUUCCAUCAGAGCAUUGACUCCAAAGACUCUUACCUUCAGGAUAGCCACAUAUGGUCCUCAAGUGAACAUGAGAGCCCUUACCAUACAAACAUUUUCAGUGUUGGUGAUGUAAAAUUGGAAGAUUCUCAUGCAUUCAGUGGAGGUUUUAUAGAGCUCCCAGAGAUGAAUUUGCCGAAGAGGGAGUGUGAUGGGGAAUCCAAUGGUACAGAGGCGAAUGACAGAUUUCAGAAGUCUUUUUUAGAGGUUGGACCAGAAGCUAUUCAUCUGGAGAUCUCUGAUCGGGAGAGUGCAGAUGUGAUGAAACUUCUUAACACUGAGAAACUCACUGAAAACUUUUUGUUCCUCAAAGACAACGGCCUGAUUAAGGAGAAACCUGCUUCCUCUCAGCCUGACUCAAGAAGUUUUCAGGAGACAGUAAGCUCCAUCAUUGACACCAGUAUCUCAGAUAGUGUAAACCUUACAGCCGAGAAUUCUACACAGCUUAAGGAUGAAUUCUUGGACUUAUUAAGCCCUAUUUUAGAAGAUUUUCUGUCGCCUUUGAUAGGAAAUGAAACAACGGUGCCUUCAGAUAUGUUAAUAACAGGAGAAACCUGUAGCAACCAGCUGCCAGACACAAAUGGCUCUUUACAUUCCACAAAAGCUGGGGCUUGCUCUUCUUCCGAAUCUACCUCUGAGAGUGUUGAGGUCAUUGUCAACAGUCCGUCCAAUAGUCAUCAGUCCCUUGAAAGUGCCACUACAGAUUCUUUGUGCAUAGAUGCCAAACCCCCUAGCCUUGAAGAAUGUUUUGGAGCCUCUAAGGAGAAUGGGCAGUAUCUAGGAAUCAGUGACUUAGCUGAGCUUAACUUUACUACUUCACCUGUUGGUGAUUAUACUGAAGGUGGCCUCACUGAAAGUCUAACAAGUAACGACUCAAUGAGUGAUAUCAUAAUGGAGCUGGACAAGAAGAUGGGCAAGGAUAUUCCACCAUCAGAAGUCAUCGUUCAAGAUGAAACUUUGUUGGACAACCAUGUAACUCAGGACAUGUCCUCACUGUUGGUGUCAGACUCUUGUCUUGAAAUUAGUCAAGACAGCCUCCUGGAAGACAGCACCUCAUCCACUCUUCCAACCAUUGAGAAUUUGGCUGAAACACCGGAUUCGUUAGAUUCUCUUGAUAUGCAGAGGGACGUGGUACAUGGAGAGCCCUUAGAAACCACUGUCAAUAAGCUUCAAAACCCCUACAAAGCCGCCGACAGUGGGUACGAAACAGAAAAUCUAGAGUCACCCGAGUGGAACUCACAGACAAGCGUGAGGGAUUCCUCAGAAGAGGAUGGGAUAGUUCUUGCUGUGGAGCCUAUUUCUACACUGGUUCCUCCGUUGAUUAUAGUGUCUGAGGUGGAGAGUGCACCUGAUGUUCAGGUAAACGGUGAUGGGGUUGAUCACCAGCAAGAACCUGGUGAUGUUCCCUUGAGUGGAAACUACAGAGAUUCGGCUUACUUUUCAGACAAUGACGAGCUAGAUAAGAAGAGUGAUGACAUCAAUGUAAGCAGUCUGACAGAUUCUUCAUUUUGGCACCAGAGUAAUCGUGUUGUUGAUGAAAGUGAUGCAACUGAAGCAGUUGUAGUUAAUGAGGAGCAUUUGCUGUCCAAGACAGAUAUAUCCACAGAAUCUGCAGGUCCUACUUCUCCAGAAUCAGAUGAUGGUGAUUUACAGACUAGAGCAUCUCCUCUCCCAGAGAUGGUUCUUACCACUGAGGAGUAUUGGAGCCAGGAUAAAUCAGUGUUUGUGGAUGGAUCUGAGUUUUCUGAUCUUGUCUCAGACCAAACUUAUUAUAUUGCAGCCCCAGAACAUGCAGCAACAUCCACUACCUCAACGCAGCCCUCCACUGACAUCAUGGUCCAUGCAAAGCUAACAAGAACAUAUGCUGGUGAGGGAACGAAGAAGAAGGAGCCAGAUAUGGAGGGGAGAUAUCUAGGCAAGCUGGAUGGAUCCUCUCUGGAAUACGUGCCAGAGGAUGGGAUGGAGGCUGAUGAAGAAGAUGAGAAUAGUGAUGAAUCAGACGAGGACAUGCGUGCUUACCGAUUACACAGUUCUAGCUCUGAGUGUAGUGAGGAUGAUAUUGUGCAUCCCAUACCUGUUAUCAUCUCGGACCACAGUAAUUCCCUCAACCUCAAAAGUCUGCUGAAGCCCAAGUCCCUUCAGACUGCUAAACCAGCAUCAGAAGAGAGCAGUGAUAAACGUGGGGUUUCUUUCUUUGAUGAUGUCACCGUCUACCUUUUUGACCAGGAAACCCCAACAAAGGAACUUGGGGAGCAUACACAUGACCCCAGUAGUCAAGUGUCUGAUUUUAGCAGUCCAGUGGCCUCCUCCAGCUACCUAAAUAGAUUUACCAACUCUGAAAGCUCAACAGAUGAAGAAGGUGGUGCAUUCGAGUGGGAUGAUGACUUCCCAUCUCCAGAGCCCAGUUUCCUUUCAAAGGCAACCAGUGAUCAUGCUGCAAGUAGGACAAGUGGGACUUCGGCAGCUUCAAAGUAUUUCUCCCCACCCCCUGCCAACCGCACCCUAGAGCAGAGCUGGAACACCCCCUCCAACUACUCCCGCUUCUCCAUCUCCCCAGCCAACAUUGCUAGCUUCUCCCUCACCCACCUAACAGACUCCGACACUGAACAAGGGGGAAGUGGUGAAGAUGGGGAGAAAGAUUAAUCACUGUAUCAGACAUGUCUAAAUGUUGUAGAAAUGUGAUGGGACUCAUGCUUUGAAGGCUUUGAUUGCUUCUCAGGACGCAUUGGUAUUUAUUUGAGGAAAUUAAGGCACAGACUAAACUGGUGGCAUCAACACCUCCCUCUUGUGACUGCUUCCUCUUUUCUGCAGAAGAUUCAGCUCAGUGGUCUGGAUUCUUUACUUUAUGUUUUUCAUCAGAGCAAUUUUAAGAAACCUUGCUUCACAUACGCUUUAGAAACAUUCACAAGCUUCCUAAGUGUCCUGCCUCUUUUUUUGUUGUUUGUGUAUGUACUAUUGCUUAAAUACAUUUCUUUUCAAUGUCCACAUUUUACUUCCAAACGAUGUUGCUGAAAUAUGUCGUUUAACCGGAGGACUCUCGUAAACACUAAUGAGCCAGUAGGCUCAUGCUCAAGUUGUGCAAUGUAAAUCAUACGAUACUUGCCUUUUACGUUAACACACUGGAUUUUUAUUUUUAUUUUUUUUAAUGUAAAAUCUGGUGUGAAGAUCUUAUUUAUGUGAUCGUGUUCUGGAUUAGAUAUCCAAUAGAAGCAACAUUCAUGUCAGUAUGCUACUCCACAGAUAUUGUUGUACAGUGUGGACAGACGAUACAUUCAUGAAAGUGCACCACUUUUUCAGCCUAACCCGUAUAGUUCCAAUGAGUUGUCUUGUUUUGUAUACAGUGAUGUAGAAGUCAGGAUAUGGGCCGUUGAAAAGUUUUGGAGAGGAAAUGCUAAAAAAUUUAAGCAGUUUCUUAUCAUUGCAGUCUAUUUGUGAGGUGUAUUUAUGAAGUGCAGUGCAUCAGGGCAUUUAUUUGAAAAAUUUUUUUUUUUUUUUUUUUCUGGUUGUAUAAUGAAUGGGUCAUCACAGUGCCUGUAACAGCCCUGCUCUUUCCACUGUAGGAAGUCCAGUGUGUUCAGCUGCCUGUGUUCCCAUUAGCAAAGCUCCUCAUUCUCUGAACUUCAGUUCAGGUGUUUGUUGGAAAGUUUCUGUACAAGGGUGAACUUGUCAAGAACAGGUCAUUUUUCACCCCAGAAUUAAAAGAUUUUUUGCAUUUUUGCAAAAGUAGAAGUUGGCAGAACUUCCAAAAUCUAAAGCUUAUGGCUGCUUAUAGCCUCAAGAUGAUAAACAAAGCUAGAAAAAAAAGAUUCUUUUCUUGUUUUGCCCUUGUUAACUCUUAAGAGCAGCUUGUAAACACAAGGGAUAGGAACUGGUUUAAAGUUUUUCCUCCUUUUCAGCACAUGUGCUGUUCAUUGCGUCUUAAAGGUAAUUGUGAUAUGUCAUUUUUAAUAAUUUAUAUUUGCCAGUCUAGCUGCUCUAAAUGCUUUUUGUUUUGGGUUGAUAAUGGCAGAGAAAACUAAUGUACAUAGAUGAAAUCAAGUCAAAAUAAAACUAUGGAAUCAGCCAGAUGAACUUUUGAUAUCACUGAAUAUUUUGGUACAGCAUUCUCAAGAUUGCGAGACUGAUGUUGAUUUCUAGAGGUUAUGGCUGGAGCAAUCGGGUGCAUAGCUUCUACAUCCCUUUGUAAUUCAGUACAGUACGCUCUCUCUAUGUUUUAGACCAGUGGACUAUCUGGAUUACCAGCACUUAAUUUCAUUUCAACUUCAAAUUUUAUGAAAGGGUAUUCUUUGGUUAUAUUCAACAGUGUACUUUUGCUUAAUCUUGCACAUCUUUAAAUUGUAACAAUGUUGAACUGUACUGAUGUAUAUAAAUGUUUAAUUUUGUCUGUAAAUUGGGAAUGAUGUAAGAAGUUGGUACGAGGUUUCAUUUUGUCAUUUAAAGUGAAAACUUGACAAAUCACCGUUGAGAAAUUAUUGAAGAUGAGAUUAUAAAUGGGGAAAUGCAGGUCAUCAUGUCCUUACAAUUUGUAAAUUUUAAAAAUGCUGAUAUUUUUACUUCAUAUUGAUGAUCAUGCCUAGUGUCUGAAGGAAUCGUUUAUAAUUAAUUGCCCUCUUUAUUAUGGAAUUAAAUGAAAAUGAACUUCUA